CGGCUUAGUUUGACGGCUUUUGGCGGCGGUGGCAACGCUGCUAGCGCCCUGUAAGGCACUAGCAAUCACGCCGCCGCGCGGCAACAAAAGACGCGUUACGCAAGCGAUUAACAUCUCUUAACGCGCGGCGCGCUUGCUUUUUGCCAGCACGCAGCGCGCAGCCGUGCAGUGCGCACGAGUUUGCUCCGCCAAGCCGUAGGACACCCGCGCCGCCGCGGCGCGCAACAACCGAUGUCCGGCCUCGUCGCCAACUACGAGUCCGGCGAGGAGCCCUCGCCGACGGCGCCCCCUCAAAAUGACGAAGAGUACGACCCGCUCGCCGCCGCGGCGGAGGCCGCCGGCGACGACGAGUACCGGGGCUAUCCGCCCGACAGCGGCGACGGCGAGCCGCCCGUGAAGCAGGCGCGCGAGGAAGAACAAAACGACGACGCCGAGGCGCACGCGGCCUUGGUAGCGAGACUGAAGGACUACGUCGCGCGCGGCUUGGAUCCUACUGAAGAAAUUCGGAGGAACCGCGACUUCCACAACCCGAUGUUACUGGAGAAGAUCGUGAGAUAUUUUGACAUCGACGACAUCGCGUCGCAGUUUCCCAAGCAUUUGUUCGAUCCGGAGGCGAUCGCGAAUCGAAGGUCGAAGGACAAGAAGAAAUCGCAAAGUUCGCCGCGCGCGGCCGAGGCGGCGCCGCCCGCAUAACUAUGCUUCCUUAGA